AUGUCACUCCUUCGUCCUUCAAUCGCAGGGCGAUUACUGCGCGCUGCAGGUCCUACUGGGCUGCGCUCCAUACCAAAUGGAGUGAGAUGCGAAUCUGGUGUCCCGCUCACACCUACGAACAUGCCAAACCCUAAACGUAAAGAAGGAGAAUCAUCGAUGAUCAACCACCCACAAUCAAAGGAUACACUGGUUAAGCAUAACCAACCAGAUUAUGGAGUGGAGGUUGACCAAGCUGCUUCAUUAUUCACACCAAUCCCAAAGCGUGUUAUGAAUGGUAGCGAAGAGGGUGAUGUUUUGCCAGCUGCAGUCUUAUCUGGUGCCCCUAUCGAGUUGCAAGCUCGAACAGUUCGCAUCUAUCGACCUGCUAAAACCGCCACACAAUCCGGUGAUUGGCAUGGUCACCACUGGCGUAUGGACUGGGAUAUUUUGUCCAAGGGCCACCGUUGGGAAAAUCCUCUUAUGGGUUGGCAAUCAUCGGCCGAUUUCAUGCAAGGCACACAUGUAAACUUCAAAACCAAAGAGGAUGCGAUUAGGUUUGCAGAGAAGCAGGGUUAUGAGUAUUUCGUUCAAGAGCCAAAUGUUAGGAAGGUUGCGCCAAAGGCAUAUGCAAACAACUUCUUAUGGAGUGAUAAGAAGUUGAAGCAUAUCAGGACAAAGUAG